AUGUGUUUGUCAGCUAAUAGUAACAAUCCAAUAACAACAACUCAGUUGAAUAGUGAAACUAGUGAAUUACAAUCGGGACGUGUAACGCCAUACUCAGAAGAAACAAUUCUAAAUAGUCAUAUUAUGAUCAGUUAUAAUCGAUCGUCUUCGGAAAAGUCAAAACAAAUAUGUGAUGGUUUAAAGGCAUUGGGAUACGAAGUUUGGAUGGAUGUUGCGAAUUUACGCGGAAAUAUUCUAGAAGCAAUGGCAAGAGCUGUGGAGAGUUCUUAUAUUGUUUUACUGUGUAUUAACGAUGGAUAUUACAAUAGUCCUUAUUGUCGGAAGGAAGCAGAGUAUACAGCCGAAAAUUAUAUACCAUUUAUUCCUUGUAUGAUGCAAGAAAACUUUCGCUGUGAAAGUUGGUUAGGAAUUAUUAAAGGUUCUCAACUGCACAUUGAUUUUGCUACAUUACCAUUUAAUGAUGCAUUUCAGUUAUUGAUUAAUGAAAUAAAACAUAUUGAAAGUCAGACACCAAAUGAAAUUUAUAGUAGAGUUAGACCGUCUCAAUAUGAACGACAAGAUAGUGCUACACUUUCAAACUUUGAUAAAAUAAUUAAAGAUUACAAAAAGUCUAUAAAUAAGACCAACAAAGAUUUGAAACAUCUAAGAAGGCGUGAAUUAAUUCGAUUAAUCGAAAAAUUACGUGAACUGUUCAACAUGCCAGAAGAUAUUAUUAACGAUUUUAAGCGCCAAGAAAGCACAAGUAGCAUCACAAGUGAUGAUGGAAAUAAUGAAAGUGUUAUUGAUGAUGAUUUCAUUGAUAAUUUUUCUCGAUCAAUAAUCCGAAACACAUUAUCUCAACCAAAUACUUGUUUAACAGCUACACUCGCCGAACAAAAUGCAACUCUCGUUAAAAUAGUCGAUAGACUAGCUACAAACGAUUCAUCUAUCCAUCUAAGUAUGGAAUCCGCCGUUAAGCUAAUGAUUAUUGUCAUGAUAUUGUGGACAAUUAAAAUGAUUUUAACAACGAUCACACGACAAGAAUAG